AUGCUGCGAGCUUCAAGCCGCUGGGGUCUGCGACUUGUGCAGCCGACCUGCGCUGCGGCAUGGCCGAUCGCGCUCUCAUUUCUGACGUCGCCGCGUCAAGAUCGCAUGGCUGCCUCGUCGCCAGUCAUGAGAUGGAUACAGUGCAUUACUUCCUUGACACCGGCAUGCGGAGCCCGGGCUGUGCAACCGUACGUCGCCGAGGCGAACGUGCUCGUCAAAGCAAACGCGGUGCAAGAGAUGCGGCGAAGAUUAGAAGGGCCUAAGUCGGCAGCGCUCGUCAAAACAUUUCGGGCCCGCGCCGAUUGGAAGAGCUCGUGUUGUGUCUGGUUGGAGCCGAACCGAUGGAUGCGGGCCACCUCGGCGCUGCCGCGUGGACAGCAGACCACCCACCAUGGUUACGGCACGCAAGCGUCUCGGCCCGAGGCUCUCGGGUACGACACUCGACCCCCGAAGAGAGAAGACGCCCUAGAGCGAGUCAGCACGCCUGCUGCGCUGCCACGCCGGUGA